GUUUUUCCCUUGCCGCGCACUUCACUCACGCGCGUAUGCACGCAGACCACUCCUCUUGCGUCCCCGUUUCGUCUCCUCUCAUAUCGAUGCAAGGAGAGGAAACGCUCGUUUUAUUUCAUUCGUAAGUAGUCCUCCAGUAACCUCACCGAGAAGGACAUCGACGAGGACAGAGGACUUAACCCGUGCUUGCCUCGAAAUUCGAUGACGGAAUCACCCAAUGAGCGUAAUUUAUCAAACCCUAAUCAGCCUCAGCCCGGUUCUUUUCGCAGUGUAUGUGCACCUCGCCUAAACGGGAUUGUAGCCUAUACGUAAGGAAGAUUAGAAUUGCAUUAUGAACUUGAACACUUUGAUAAAAGUAUGGGGAUCAAUUGCUGGGUGGUCAUCUAUCGGUUUACAAUGAUAUAAAGCGCAUACCCGUAGUAGCUUGAUCAAUAGCAUAUCAUCUCCUGAAAUCGGCUCUUUGAAUAGGAAUACAAUUGUAUGAUUUGUUAACAGUCUAGCGUAUAUGGUCAGCAUGUGGACGCUCAUUUGUUCUGUCUUGGAAGAGACCCGUUCAUUCCUUGCCACUGGAAGGCAAACCAACACCGGACCAUGGUUCGAUGCUCCUUGAAUAGGCUACUCACCCUUGCAUAGACCUGCUAUAGAAGGCUACGGCCCGGUGUUGGAAUUACAACUGGAUUCAAAUAAAUGCUGUAAAACAAUCCAAUGGACAAUUACUCACAUCUACAACUGCAGUGUCUGGAGAUGACGACUAAGAGGAAGAUCAUUGGGCGCCUGGUGCCGUGCCGGUGCUUCCGGGGUGAGGAAGAGGUCAUCUCAGUGCUGGACUACUCCCACUGCAGUCUACAGCAGGUGCCCAAGGAGAUCUUCAGCUUCGAGCGCACGCUGGAGGAGCUCUACCUGGACGCCAACCAGAUUGAGGAGCUGCCCAAGCAACUAUUUAACUGUCAGGCUCUCCGUAAACUGAGCAUACCUGACAAUGACCUGUCAAACCUGCCAACCACCAUAGCCAGCCUUGUAAACCUGAGGGAGUUGGACAUCAGUAAAAACGGUAUUCAAGAGUUCCCAGACAACAUUAAAUGCUGUAAAUGCCUAUCUGUUGUGGAGGCCAGUGUAAAUCCUAUUGCCAAGCUCCCAGAGGGCUUCACCCAGCUCCUCAACCUGACACAGCUCUUCUUAAACGAUGCCUUCCUGGAAUACCUCCCAGCCAACUUUGGGAGACUUUCCAAGUUACGGAUCCUGGAAUUGCGAGAGAACCACCUGAAAACGAUGCCAAAGUCAAUACACAGACUGUCACAGCUGGAGCGAUUAGACUUGGGAAGCAAUGAAUUCACUGAACUGCCUGAAGUCCUGGAGCAGAUCCAUAACCUAAAGGAGCUGUGGAUGGACAACAACUCACUGCAGACAAUACCUGGGUGUAUAGGGAAGCUGAGGCAUCUGCGCUACCUGGACCUGGCUAAAAACAGGAUUGAAAGCCUGGACACUGACAUCUCUGGCUGUGAGUCCCUGGAGGACCUCCUGCUCUCCUCCAACAUGCUGCAGCAUCUGCCUGACACCAUAGGAAUGUUGAAAAAACUCACAACAUUAAAAGUGGAUGACAACCAGCUCACCUCACUGCCUAACACCAUUGGAAGUGGACGCGCCAAAUUAGGUUUAUCGCUUUUAGAAGAGUUUGACUGCAGCUGUAAUGAAUUGGAGUCCCUGCCCCCAACCAUUGGCUACCUGCAUAACCUCCGCACGUUUUCUGCUGAUGAGAACUUCCUUGUUGAACUACCCAGGGAGAUUGGGAACUGUAAGAAUGUGACAGUCAUGUCGUUGCGCUCCAAUAAGCUGGAGUUUCUACCUGACGAAAUUGGGCAGAUGACCAAGCUACAUGUUCUCAAUUUAAGCGACAAUAGAUUAAAAAACCUUCCGUUCACUUUCACAAAACUAAAAGAUCUUGCUGCUCUUUGGCUAUCAGACAAUCAGUCCAAGGCCCUGAUCCCUCUCCAGACCGAGGCCCAUCCAGAGUCCAAGCAGAGGGUCCUCACCAACUACAUGUUCCCUCAGCAACCACGACAUGAUGAGGACUACCAGUCAGACAGUGACAGUUUCAACCCCACCUUAUGGGAGGAACAGCGUCAGCAGAGGAUGACUGUGGCCUUUGAGUUCGAGGAGAAGAAGGAGGAAGAGGACAACUCUGGAAAAGUCAAGGUUGAGAUCAAUCUGAAGCGCUACCCUACACCGUACCCAGAGGAUCUGAAGAACAUGGUGAAGUCAGUGCAGAACAUGGUGGGCAAGAACCAGCAUCCCCUCAGCAUUAACUGCUCUGGUACCAAUAUGGAGUCACGAAAACAAGAACAGUAUGAGCCCCCCUGGCCCAUGCCCCCUAAAGAGAGUGUCCUGUUCCAGGUGAUGGAGAGAGAGAUGAAAGAGAGAGAAAGAGAGUUCAACAAGACUCAGAUGACAGAGCAGGGUGUAAUCCACAAUUCUGCCAUCGACAUCCCAAAGCGCAAGGACAAGGAGGAUCUGACUGAGAGCUCAGAGGAUUCUAUGGGCGGCUCUCCGAAUGACAUCCGUAUCUCUGAUAUGAGGCCCACCCUGGUGGAACCGGCCAUGUACAAACCAAAAGUUGUAUUACUGGGGAAAGACAAGAAAGAAUCUAUAGAUGAGUCAGACCCAGACAAGAUGCAUUGCCUGAACAACAGUGGCUCGUCGGCCACGUACUCCGACUACUCUCCGUCCCAGGGUUCUUCUGGCUCUUCCAACCCCCCGGGGAACGGGUCCACCCUGCGGGCUGCUGGGAAGGAUGGAGGAUUGCCUCAACAACACUGGACCAACAGGCUGGCCCAGCAGUUCCCCAAGCCGAUCGAGACCAAGCCCCUACUGAGUCAGAGAGACCCCAGAGAGACCCCUCCCUCCAGCACACUGCAGCAGCGCAGUGAGCGGCGCCCCCUCAGCGACACCUUUGACCAGUGGAACGACUCCUCCCACUAUGACAACACAGGAUUCGUGUCUGAAGAGGCUCCUCUGGAGACUCCCAGUGGUAGCAGCAGUGGUAACCCCAUGCUGGGCUCCAAGUCCUGCAGCGCCUCCAACUCCCAUGGGGGCCGCCGGCCCCUCAUGAGGCAGGAGCGCAUCGUAGGCAUCCCCUUGGAGCUGCAGGAUGCCCCUCACCAACACCCCUCCCACCAAUUCCAUAAUGUCCGCAACACGCCCGAAACUGAAGUAUCUCAGCCUCCCCCUCCCAACCCGUGGCAGAACUGGACGAGGACGCCCAGUCCCUUUGAGGACCGCACAGCUUUCCCCUCCAAGCUGAGCUCCCCAGGCAACAGCCCCAAUCCUGACCGCAACGACUUUGAGCAGGAGAUGCAUCAUGGAGAACUGCCGGGCACGUUCCCCUCCACAGGAACGUGGGGUUACCUAGACUCCAGGAACUCUGGGCAGGGGCACAGCAGCCAGCAGGCCAACAUGUACCAACAUGUCCAAUCCAAGCCCACUAGACCAAGCUCUGGGGCCAUGGUGAUGAGCAAGAGCUCUGAGCGCCUCUCUCCCAUGAUGAAGGAGGUGAAGGCUAAGUUCAAGAAGUCCCAGAGCAUUGAUGAGAUAGACAUGGGCUCCUACAAUGUGUACAGUAUUCCCGUGGACACCUACAGCUCCAGCAUAGAGAAUCAGGGGAGUGUUGACCGUCCAGACAUGCCGGGCCCCAUGGAGCAGAGCAUGUCCCGGAGCCAGUCUGCCCCCAUGCUGGACGAUGAUGAUGCCUACGGAACUAAUAGCCAGCAGCAGAAGCCUUCCAUCCCCAAGAAGGUCUACCACUUCGACCAGAGCUUCAACCCUCAGGGGGCUAUGGAUUUGAGGAAUCAGCAGCCGGAGAGGAGGGCUCCUCCACCCUUCCCCAACACCCCUGAGUACAUAAACCAUCCGGGGAAGACCCUGCCCAAGGAGCUGGUGAGCCCCAGGGGCUACCGGGGUUACCCUCCCAUGGACCAGAUGUUCUCCUACUCUCAGCCCUCAGUCAACGAGGAGAACCAGCCGCCCCAGCAGCAGCAACCUUUCCCCAUCCCUAGUCAGCGCUCCCGGCCUGGGUUCCUGAGGCGGGCCGACUCCCUGGUCAGCUCCACAGAGCUGGCCCUGUUCCGCAGGGUUCAGGAGGCCCAGGAGAUGCAGCAGAAGUCGGAUCACUAUGGCCGGCAACAUUUCAAAGGCAUGUUGGAGCACCAGAACAGUCUGGCCAGCAUGGCCCAGCAGGACCAACAGUACAACAAGAGGAACGGCAGGUACGAGGAAGACUACUCCUCCUACCAGGAGCCUAAGAAGCCCAUCAUGGGCUACCCCACUAAGAGCCUGACACAGCGGCGCCCUCUGUCGGCCAGGAGUUACAGCACGGAGACGUUCGGGGCGUCCCAGGCCAGGCCUGUGUCUGCCAGACCCACCAUGGCUGCCUUGUUGGAGAAGAUGCCCCCAGAUUAUAAUCUGAGCACUUGCACUGAGAAUAUAAAGAGCCCUGAUGAGAUGAAAAUGCGCACCAUGCAGCUGCAGCAUAAGCCUGACGAUAUGUCCUCUAAGAUGCCCGUAGACUGGAGGCAACAGCUGCUUAGACAUAUAGAGGCCAAACGAUUAGACCGGAGUGCUUUCCUUAAGCACAACACAGUAAACUUCGGCAUGCUGUGCUCUGGAGGCUAUGCUGCACCGCAUGCCAGCAGAAGCAUGACAAUAAACUUUUACAAUAACACGAAUAAGCAUGAAAACCAAACAACACAGUGGCUACCUCUACCCAAUACCCCCUCUCAACAGAGCAAUAUAUUGGACAACGGCCAGGAGGUGGUCUCCCCCACUACUCAGUGGGCCCCCUACUCACUGGGCAGGAGAGACGUGCCCCCAGAAAACAUCAUGAAAAAGAUUCCUGAUUCUUUGCCUAAUGGGUUGAAUUACCCACAGGCAGGUGGCCACCACCACCACCCCCACCAAUCACAGACCAUGAUCGUGACAUCCACAUCGGCCACACCCCCACACCGCUCAUUGCGGGACCAGCAGUAUGAGGGUGCCAUCAACAAGAUCUCCAUCCAACAGUACCAGUCUCCCCUGCCCAUGGCCACCACCACCCGUCCCCAGAGUGCACGCUGCCUCAUCCAGACCAAAGGCCAGAAGAGCAUGGACGACUUCCAGGAGCAGUUCUGUGUGCGGAUAGAGAAGAAUCCAGGUUUAGGGUUCAGCAUCUCAGGGGGAAUCAGUGGCCAAGGGAACCCUUUCAAGCCUUCUGACAUGGGUAUCUUUGUUACUAGGGUACAGCCUGAUGGACCGGCCUCCAACCUGCUACAGCCUGGGGACAAAAUACUGAAGAUGCAAGUGUUAGCUGAAGGACAUACCUCUAAAGAUCCACUUCUCUCCUCCUUCUCUCCUUUACAGCAUGACCUCCUCCUCUUCCUGUGUGCAUCUCUCUGCUUUGUCUCUCCUCUUUUCCUUGACAGUGUUGUUUGUUUAUCUCCUCUGAGCUAGGGCUGUUCCCAGUCCUCUCCGUGCCACCCUGCCCCGCCCUGCCACUUCUCACUCACGUCACUCUGUUCACCCUCUGCUUAAUUUUUGCAUUGCAGGCCAAUGGACAUAGUUUUUUACACAUGGAACAUGAAACUGCUGUGUCUCUUCUGAAGAAUUUCCAGAAAACUGUGGACUUAGUAAUCUUGAGGGAGAGCACAAUUUAAAUAUUUUUUUAUAACACCAUUGCUUCUCUCCCAACGGGUUGUGGAAAUGUAUACAACCAGUUUUUAUCUAGGAACAGUGACAUUUGCCGAUUGCUGGACCAAUGGCAAAUACUAGUGCCAAAUGUACUAUAGGAUACAUAUCUUAUAACCUAUCUAUGAAUUUUAUGUAAACAGGAAUUGUAUCUCUUGAGUUGAUGUGAAGGAAAGUAAUUUUUGUUGGAGGUUGGAGCAAUUUUCUUAGUUUUUAUUUGGACAUUUUUUGCGUAUUUAUAUUGCCUUUUAUUUUGUACCUUUUUCAUUGUAGCUUCUCAUUUUACUCUCAGAGCAUGAAAACACACUAGCUCUUUAGGAAUACUAAUCACCAUAAACACUGCCUCAACUUUGUAUAUGCCGUGGGUAAAUAUUUUAAUUUACAAUAAAGACAUGAACAGUAGCGAGAGGAUUGGGACAGAAAUAAAAUGUUUACAAUGUUCUUAAAUUGUUUAAAUUAAAUGUUUUUAAAAAUCCUACUGUAAUACAGGGCCAAUUUAUCAAGUUUUUUUAUAUUUUAUUAUUUUAUUAUUAUAGGUUUUCCCACCAGUUUAUUUUAUUAAUGUAUUAACACUAUAUUGAUUGUUAUACCCAACCAGUCACUACAUUAUAUAAGGUCGAUUUUUGGUAGUUGCUCAAUAAUGUAUAUGUUUGCACAAAUUAGCUACAUUUUAAAAGUAGAAGCAAUAUUCAAUCCCACAUCUGAAAGGGUUUAUUUUAGAUUACAAGACUACCCUAGAGGGCCAUCUGCUGGCUACAUUGUGUUUACAUGUGCUGCAAUUGCACCAAGGAGUAUGUAAUGUCACAUACCCCCCAUAUUCAACUCCUAAAGAAUUUCCAAACAGAAAAGUUGUAACAUUGUUUCUCAUCCGUUUGUGUUAAAAACAAAAUAGUUUGUUCGCAAUGAUUUGAAGUAAUUUUGCUGUGCUUUUCAGCACCACUCUGUAGAACACAAAUUACUUUCGAUGUCUUCAUUUUAAGCUCAGUUUAUUAUGAGAAUGCACUAUUGGAAAAGUAUUCAUGUGAGAAUUAUGUAUAUAUAUUUUUUAACAAUGCUGCUGACCAGAAUAGGCAUUUCACUCUGUUCCAUUUCUGGAUGGAUGUUAAUUUUAAGUUCUGACAUUACAGCAUGCUUUCAUGGUUAUAAUGGUCUUUGGAUAUGUUUUUUUGGAUACAUUAUCUGUGUUUUCAAAUUUUGGGAUCUCUCAUAAAGAAGUUUCUCUCAUUGCAAACCGGUGAGGUUUACAAAGAGACGUUAUUAUAUUGUGACAUUUGGUGCCAUUUUAUUACAAUCAAAAACAUAUACCUUUAUGAGCCCUAACAAUGUUUCAAUACUAUUUUUGUCAAAUGUAGCAUCAAUUGUGACAUUCUUGAGCAAAACCAAGCACCUAUAACCCUAUGGAGGGACCCUGGUUGAAUUUGUGCCAAGCUAAGCUGGUACGUUGUACUUCAAUAUCCAGUAAAUUACGAGUUAAAAUAUUCAAGAUAUUGUGAGAAAGUUUGAUAAUAUAAUUAUUUUUACGAAAUGUUUUCAGGUUAUUAUUCAGAAUAUAUUGAUAUACCUUAGCUUUGCUCAAAUUGCGAGAUUUUAUAAGGACAAUGAAAAAGUAUAGGUGAAGUACUUGUGACUUGGAGAAUAAAAGCUGUGCUAUCAAAUGUAUAAAACCAUAUUUCUACAGUAAUUGUGAAUUUGUGUUAUACAAAUAUAUUAUAUAUAUAUAUAUAUAUAUAUGAAUAUAAAAUAGUAAUUUUUGUAUAUGUUUAAAAUACAAUUAAAUAUAAAGUGAAUAUAUGGUACUAUUCUGUCUAAUUGCGGUGUUGAUGUAAAUAAUGGUGACUGAAAACAAAUUGAGAUAAUUUAUUCAUAAAGAUUGUGAAUGUACUCCAAGCUUUUGCAGUAUGAAGACUAACUGGACUUGAAUGCUGCUUCAUUUUUUGUGCAAAAAGUAAUUUUAGCUAUUGAAAGACAAUAAUUCUGUUUAGUUGGACAAAUUUAGUGACAGUUUAUUGUACUAUUUAUUUGCACAUGCAAGUUUAAUCCUUCCAUUCUUUUUAUGUAUUAACACAAAUAUUGGUGAAGUGUGUGUGUGUAAUAUAUAUACACUGCUCAAAAAAAUAAAGGGAUCACUAAAAUAACACAUCCUAUAUCUGAAUGAAUGAAAUAUUCUUAUUAAAUACUUUUUUCUUUACAUAGUUGAAUGUGCUGACAACAAAAUCACACAAAUUAUCAAUGGAAAUCAAAUGUAUCAACCCAUGGAGGUCUGGAUUUGGUGGAAAAGUGGAAAACCACACUAUAGGCUGAUCCAACUUUGAUGUAAUGUCCUUAAAACAAGUCAAAAUGAGGCUCAGUAGUGUGUGUGGACUCCACGUGCCUGUAUGACCUCCCUACAACGCCUGGGCAUGCUCCUGAUGAGGUGGCGGAUGGUCUCCUGAGGGAUCUCCUCCCAGACCUUGACUAAAGCAUUCGCCAACUCCUGGACAGUCUGGUGCAACAUGGCGUUGGUGGAUGGAGCAAGACAUGAUGUCCCAGAUGUGCUCAAUUAGAUUCAGGUCUGGGGAACGGGCGGGCCAGUCCACAGUAUCAAUUCCUUCCUCUUGCAGGAACUGCUGACACACUCCAGCCACAUGAGGUCUAGCAUUGUCUUGCAUUAGGAGGAACCCAGGGCCAACCGCACCAGCAUAUGGUCUCACAAGGGGUCUGAGGAUCUCAUCUCGGUACCUAAUGGCAGUCAGGCUACCUCUGGCGAGCACAUGGAGGGCUGUGUGGCUGCUGGGUUGUUGCCCUCCUACGGCCUCCUCCACGUCUCCUGAUGUACUGGCCUGUCUCCUGGUAGCGCCUCCAUGCUCUGGACACUAUGCUGACAGACACAGCAAACCUUCUUGCCACAGCUCGCAUUGAUGUGCCAUCCUGCACUUCCUGAGCCACUUGUGUGGGUUGUAAGACUCCGUCUCAUGCUACCACUAGAGUGAAAGCACCACCAGCAUUCAAAAGUGACCAAAACAUCAGCCAGGAAGCAUAGAAACUGAGAAGUGGUCUGUGGUCACCACCUGCAGAGCCACUCCUUUAUUGGGGGUCUUGCUAAAUGCCUAUAAUUUCCACCUGUUGUCUAUUCCAUUUGCACAACAGCAUGUGAAAUGUAUUGUCAAUCAGUGUUGCUUCCUAAGUGGACAGUUUGAUUUCACAGAAGGGUGAUUGACUUGGAGUUACAUUGUGUUGUUUAAGUGUUCCCUUUAUUUUUUUUGAGCAGUGUAUAUACACACAGCACCAGUCAAAAGUUUGGACACACCUACGCAUUCAAGGGUUUUUCUUUAUUUUUACUAUUUCCUAAAUUGUAGCGAAGACAUCAAAACUACGAAAUAACACAUGUAGUAACCAUGUGUAACUACUCAUGUAGUAACCAAAAAAAGUGUUAAACAAAUCAACAUAUGUUUAUAUGUGAGAUUCUUCAUAGUAGCUAGCCACCCUUUGCCUUGAUGACAGUUUUGCACACCCUUGUCUUCACCUGGAAUGCUUUUCCAACCGUCUUGAAGGAGUUCCCACAUAUGCUGAGCACUUGUUGGCUGCUUUUCCAUCACUCUCCUUUUCCAUCACUCUCCUUAUUGGUCAAAUAAUCCUUACACAGCCUGGAGGUGUGUUGGGUCAUUGUCCUGUUGAAAAAAAAAAAGAUAGUCCCACUAUACGCAAAC